AUGUUUGCAUUACUCUUCUCUCUUUUUCAGCUCAUUAUUGGCUUCCUUGAAAAUGUCUAUCAUAGUCUAGUUCCAGACCUGAAUCAACAUUUUGAAAUGAAAAGGAGUAACAAUAAUUCACUCGCCUAUCAUCCAUACCCUCAUCUUGUUACAUUGGAUACCAAUUUUAAAUCACUCCAAAAACAUGUUGCUGUUGAUGCUCAAUCUCAAAUUACAUCAACAGAUAACGACAGUCUCAAGAUACAAUCAUCGACAAGAGAUGUUUCUUCAUCCACUCUUGCUUGUUCUGACAACUCUCACUCAUCCAAACAAGAAGAUCAACCAUCCACCAUUCAGAAGCUGCCUCUCCAAACCAAAACAUUGCCCUCCUUCCAAUCCAAUCUAUCAAACAACCCUCGUAGAAGAUAUCCCUUCUUUCUACACAUGCAAUCAGCAAGCAACAGUAGUAGAAAGCGAUUAAGCAGCGCCUCUCUCCUCUGUAGAAAUAUGAAUUGGAAUGGAGGAAAUUUUAAGGAGUGA